AUGUCUGAUCUGAUUCUUCUGCAGGUGCUCCUUGGCCUUGCUCUGUUGGUGGGAAUAUAUCCCUCCGAGGUGAUUGGACUGGUCCCCCAGGUGGGGGACCGAGAGAAGAGAGAUAAUCCGUGUCCCCAUGGGAAAUACAGCCACCCUGAAAACAGUUCCAUUUGCUGUACCAAGUGCCACAAAGGGACCUAUCUGUACAAUCACUGCCCCAGCCCGGGGCGGGACACGGACUGCAGGGAGUGUGAGCAUGGCACCUACACGGCCGUGGAGAACUACGAAAGGAGCUGCCAGAGCUGCAGCGUAUGUCGGAAAGAAAUGAACCAGGUGGAGCUCUCUCCUUGCACCGUGAAACAGAACACCCAGUGCGGCUGCAGGAAGAACCAGUACCGGAGCCAUCAUGCGGGCAACAACAUAUUCCAGUGCUUGAACUGCAGCCUCUGCCUCAACGGCACCAUCGCGGUCCCCUGCCAGGAGGAACAGGACACCUUGUGUCAUUGCCAUGCAGGCUUCUUCCUAAAGGGAAAAGAGUGCAUCCCCUGCUCCAACUGUAAGCAUCACAUGGAGUGCAAGAAGCUGUGCUUGCCCCCAACGGAAUCUGUGACGGGCCCUCCGGAUGCAGGCACAGCCGUGCUCUUGCCCCUGGUCAUCCUCUUUGGUCUCUGCCUUCUGCUUGUCUUCAUUGGGAUGAUGUGCCACUACCAACGGUGGAAGCCAAAGCUCUACUCCAUUGUUUGUGGCAAACGGACACAUGGAAAAGAGGGGGAGUUGGAACAUGUUCUUGGAAAGCCCAUUACCCCCAGCUUCAACCCCACCCCUGGCUUCAACCCCACCCCCGGCUUCAACCCCACCCCUGGCUUUAGCCCUACCCCUAGCUUCAGCCCCACCCCUGGCUUCAGCCCCACCCACAUCUUCAGCCCCACCCCCGGCACCACCUUCUCCAAUGAGUGGUCCAAUUUGAGAAAUGUACCUCCUCCCAGAGAGGUGAUUGCACUCCACCAGGAGGCUGGCCCCAUCCUCACUGCUUCCCCUGCCUCCACCAUGACCCCCACCAAGGUCCCCAACCCUUCCCAGAAGGCCGAGGACAGCUCACAGGACCUGUUCCCAGGUGACCCGGCCACUCUAUAUGUUGUGGUGGACUCUGUGCCGCCCACACGCUGGAAGGAGUUCAUGAGGCGCAUGGGGCUGAGCGAGCAUGACAUCCAGCGGUUGGAGAUGCAGAACGGGCGCUACGUGCGCGAAGCGUCCUACAGCAUGCUGGAGGCCUGGCGGCAGCAGACCCCACGGCGUGAGGCCACACUGGAGCUGCUGGGCCGAGUGCUCAGCGACAUGGACUUGCGUGGCUGCCUGGAGAAGAUUGAGGACGCUCUGGGUGGCGUUGCUGUUGUCGGGUCCGACCUGGCCCGGUGAGGCCACGCCCCUGCUGUCCUUGGGGCCACACCUGCCCUGGGAGGCCAUGCCGCCCACCUGGGGACAGUUGUUUCUGGCCCCAGUUAGCCCUGGAAGAAUGGCCGGGGAGAAACCCUCUUGGUCCUCUUUUAUUCUGCAGAGGGAAAGUCAUGAGUUGUAUUUUACGGAUGCUUCUCCAUCCGUGUGUAUAUUUUUCUCAGUGGUGUGUGUGAGAGGUGUGCAUGUGCGUGUGCAUGUGCGUGUGCUUGAGUGGGAGACUGAGCGUGAGAGUGUGUGCUGUGGGUGCCCAGUGAGUGGUUGCAGGCAUAAGAGGCGCUGCAGGGCUGCUCGGGGCGCCCAUUGCACAGUAGUUUGGCCGUUUUGUAUCAGUCUUGUUACACUAAUAGAGUCUUAGCGCCCUUGCCCCAGUUUGGAUAUGCACAGAGUAAGCUGAACUGUCCCAAGGCACAACCAUGGGGCUUCUAGCCAGCAAGGCGGACUUAUGUAAAUACACUAAAAUUCUGAAUUAAAACUGUUCCUGGGA